AUGGCCAUUGAAAAGAAACCAGCCGUGGCUGGGACCCUUUCCAAGGCUGAGAGGGAUGCCGACUUGGUCAUGGGGACAAACAAUAGCAGUAUCGUAUCCAAACGAAGUGUCGAGAUGUCCUACUACCCCAAGCCUCAUUUCUUCCGGUAUUUUGUUAGAAAACCUCAGAGACGGUCGCCUUUGAUCAACCGUGGAUACUGGCUUCGUAUGCAUGCGAUGGCAGAGACUGUCAGACGGUUCAUGAGGGAGCCGUCGGAUAGACCGAAAUUCGUCUUGAAUCUUGGGUGUGGAUUUGACCCUCUGCCGUUCAUGCUUCUCAGUACCGAAAGUUCGUUGUGUAGACAUACAACUUUUGUGGACAUCGACUAUGAGAAGCUGAUGAUAAAUAAGAAAACGGCUCUCCGACAAACAAAUGAGAUUACACAAUUCCUCGAGGAUGUAGAAUUUCUACCCGAUCAGGAUACCUUGCAAAUGCGCAGCAGACAGUAUCUAGCUAUCGGCUGUGACCUAAAGAGCUUGAAUAAAUUGGAACAUGUGCUAAGGACGGAAGUGCUUCCUCCCCACGCUUCGGUUCUUUUUCUCGCCGAGGUAUCUUUAACAUACAUGGAUGUCAAAUCCGCAAACGCGGUGGUAAAUUGGGCUUCCAAAUUGAGUGAAGACUGUAUUGGCCACCACUCUGGGUUGGGUCGCCAGACACGGCUUACAUCGACUGAUCUGUGCACCAAUUCGAAGGAUGGUUCCGGCCCCCAAUAUCCAUUCCCUCCGAGAGAUGUGUCGGCAAGAAUGUGUCACACGGCAACUGGUCUGAGCAAUGGUAAAUGUUUGAUUGUUGGUGGUAGAACAUCACCCGCGAAGGGGUUCGACGAUUGUUGGCUACGAGAAGGAAAGCAAUGGCGUCAGACUCAAAGCCUGCCAACGAGUCGGUUUAGACACAACGCCGUUAAGGUAAUCCUUGACUCCGAGUGUGUCCUCGUCUAUGGUGGUAAGGCCAGCGAUGGUACAGUGCUGGGUGAUUGGUUGAUUUGGAACAGCAAUGGAGACGGAUGGGCAAAAGUUGAAACCAGUGAAGCCAGCCCAAAGCCGCGAUUUGGCGCGAGCAUGAUAAAUGUCGACAACACCUCAGGCUUGGUAUUUGGUGGAAUAGGACAAGAUGGGACGAUUCUGGAAGACUUUUGGACGUGGAAAUUGAACCAACGAAGUGACGGGUCGCUGGUAUUGGAUUUCACUGACCAGGCUAGGUAUCUAAGAGAAGCCUCGCCUUUGGUCAAAUUUGUUCAUCGGUUCGGAGCUACGGUCAAUGUAACCUCAUGGGGAGUUGUCAUUGUUGGUGGUAUUAUUCCAGAUCAGAUCAUUCCUCUCGACAAGGAAAUCAUGCUUCUUGAUUCAACAGAGAUGCUAAAAAGCCUAAAUGGUCGUUCAUCAUGGAGCUCUACCAUUCUGUCCACAAUCGGCUUGGGGGGUGGGUUCAGAGGGCCGCGACCUUUGCUAACAGGUCAUGUAUCCUAUGCCAUCAAUCCCCACCAGGUAUUGAUACUCGGUGGUGGAGCUGUUUGCUUCUCUUUUGGAACGCAUUGGACUGAGGGCACUUGGGUCUUGAAGCGGGCAGAUUCGGCCAUCGAGAACGAAUGGACACUUGUCUCUGAGAGCAUGCAAGCCAAGCAAUUAAUAACACAGCCGGAGUCUUCGACCCCCCUUCGUGGGGUCUCCGAAGCUGUGCAAGAGAUCGUAUCGAUUCCACGUGUCCGGAUAGAACAUGCUGCACAAUUCCAGCAAAUACUUGCAGACGGCAAACCAGUUAUCAUCGAAGGCUCUGAUAUUGGGCCAUGUACAGACCUCUGGACGAAAGAAUAUCUCGCAAAUGCCGUCGGUAGAGAUCGCGAAGUCGUUGUGCAUGAAGCCAAGUCUGCAAAUAUGAGUUUUCAGGCCAAGAACUUUGCCUACACGGCGAAAUCAUUCGGCACUUUUCUUGACGAAGUGUAUGCUGGUGGGCGCCUGUAUCUUCGAAGCAUCUCCGCUGAGCAGCCCACCAAACUGCCUGCCAGCUUGGCCGCUGACUUCCCGAAUUUGAAUGAUUUCCACCUCCCAGAGUCACUCGCCAUAGUAACUGAAAAUGCCCAUAGCUCCCCACUGAGGAUUUCAGGACCUGUCACCCUAUGGCUCCACUACGAUGUAAUGGCGAACGUUUUAUGCCAGAUACGUGGAGAGAAAAGACUGAUUCUUUUCCCACCCCAAGACGUACAGCACUUGUCUGUUCCGGCUGGUGCUUCGAGCUCAACCAUCAACAUUUUCCAGAGUUGCGACGAUGGGUCAAUCACAUCAAUUCCUCAGACCUCGCCACAGGAAGCACUUUUAACCCAAGGAGACAUCCUGUUUAUUCCCCCUCUGUGGCUUCAUACAGCAUCACCGACUGGCCAAGUCAGCGUUGCCGUCAAUGUGUUCUUCCGUAACCUGUCGAAAGGUUAUGCUGCUGGUCGGGACGUCUACGGGAAUCGUGAUCUGCAAGCCUACGAGAAAGCGAGAGCCGACCUCCAAAAGAUAGAACGAUCUUUCGACGAGCUUCCAACGGACAUGGCUCGUUUCUACCUGUCGAGGCUCGCGCAGGAGUUGAAAGAGAUGGCCGAAAAAUGA